AAAAAACCCUAAAAACUCUCUCUUGGUAUCUUCUCUAUUAAGUUUCUAAGUUUUUAAACCUUUUGAAUUCUCAAAAGGCAUCACCUUUAUUUAUUUUUCUCUCUGGGCUCUCGUGAUUAUGAAGAAAGAUUAGACUUUUAAUUAAAAGUUUUGAUUUUUCUUUUAGGAUUGUGAAGAAAAAGAAGAUGGGUAAUUUAUUGUGCUGUGUACAAGUGGACCAAUCAACUGUAGCCAUCAAAGAAACGUUUGGGAAGUUCGAAGAUGUUCUUGAGCCUGGUUGUCACUUUCUCCCAUGGUGCUUUGGUCAGCAAGUUGCUGGUCACCUAUCUUUGAGGCUUCAGCAGUUGGAUGUUCGUUGCGAGACUAAGACAAAGGACAAUGUUUUUGUUAAUGUUGUUGCAUCGAUACAGUACCGUGCCUUGGCUAAUAAGGCUAAUGAUGCGUAUUACAAGCUAAGUAACACAAGGAGUCAGAUCCAAGCUUAUGUCUUUGAUGUGAUUAGAGCAAGUGUCCCUAAGCUGCUUCUUGAUGAUGUCUUUGAGCAGAAGAAUGAGAUUGCCAAAGCUGUUGAAGAGGAGCUUGAGAAGGCAAUGUCUGCUUAUGGUUUUGAGAUUGUGCAAACACUCAUCGUUGACAUUGAGCCUGAUGAGCAUGUCAAACGAGCCAUGAAUGAAAUCAACGCUGCUGCAAGGAUGAGACUUGCUGCAAACGAAAAGGCAGAAGCUGAGAAAAUCCUCCAGAUUAAACGAGCUGAAGGUGAAGCUGAGGCUAAGUACCUGUCUGGUCUAGGUAUCGCUCGUCAGAGGCAAGCUAUUGUCGACGGUUUACGCGACAGUGUGCUAGGUUUCUCUGUGAAUGUGCCAGGGACAACUGCUAAAGAUGUGAUGGAUAUGGUGCUUGUUACUCAGUACUUUGACACCAUGAAGGAGAUUGGUGCUAGUUCCAAGUCUUCUGCUGUGUUCAUACCGCAUGGACCAGGAGCAGUUCGUGAUGUGGCUGCUCAGAUCAGAGAUGGGCUCCUUCAAGGCUCUUUUGCUGAGCAGUCUUGAAGUUGAGAUGGACUGAGUUUUAUGUACUUGUUGCUUUUACUAAGCUUAUGGUGUGUUAAGACUUGGUGUGCUAACAUAGUUUUAUGUUUUUUGUUAAUUUUUAUUUCAACUAUUUGUGUGGAUUGAAAACAUAUAUUAUCAUAUUAGUAACAAAUAAUGGUUUUUUGUCUUCU